CUUUUCAAGCCAGAUUAUACAGCACCACCUCCACUUUUUCGUUACAGUGGGAUUCCCAUGAACUUCAGGGGAAAUUGGGAGAUAUCUAGAAGUGACCUGCGUAAUCCUCAGUUUAUCUUGGUGGGGUCUAAUGAUAGAAGUUCAAUAUAUUCGAAUUUCGAUGACCUCUCGGAACACACUUCAAGAAACUUGAUUUGCUGCCGUAUAGUUGCCAUGAUUUUUAUCGCUUUCCUGAUAAUGCGCCACACCUUACCGUUGUUCAUCUACGGAGCUGGUGAAUACUCGAUUUCUUUGGUCAUG